GCUGGGCCUCACUCUUCCAAUCUAUCGCUGUGCCUCUUCUUCCCCACUCACCACCCUCUCACCAUCCAGCAAUGUGUCAUCCAUCAGAGCGCACAUCUGUCCGCUCGUGGAUCACACUGCCACCCAACAUGUAGCACCAUCUCGCCGGCAAUUGAUUAGACAUCCAGGUGCAAGAUAGCUAGCCCGCGCGUGGUGUAGGUGACAUUUGGAGGAGCAUUAACAGGCCUCACCCACCGUUCGCCAGCCGCUUACCUUUCGACACGCUCCAUAUCCGUCCCACGCGCGUGGUAGCCAAGCCCACCAUGGAUUCCGCCGCACAAAGUCUCGUCAUACCUCCUCCAGAUAGGCAAACGAUGCCCCCGCCAAAGAAGCGUCGUGCAUACAGCCUGGAGAUUCCUCAGCGCUUCAUGGUUGAUGAAGAAGAGGAGGAAGUGAUGGUCGACGAUGCUGCAAGACCAGAUCAGGCGCACCCGGAGACGUUUGUGCAACAGUCAAUGUACGGUGUCAUCGCUGCCGCUCACAGCAAGGGCACCGUCCGCCCGGGCUUCCACCCAGAGGACAGUGGCAGCGAUACAGACACCGAUGCAGAGGGCGCCAGGAGGAACAGCAGAGACUUGGCACACGUAGCACGCCCGGGCUCGAGUGCAAGAUCAAGUCUGGACGAGAGGCGGGAAAGACACCGUCAAGCACUGCCCUCCCGGCAUCGCAAGAGCCACACCGCAGGAGGCACAACAUCGCGUUCCGCUGCGGCUACGAAUUCAGGCGACACCAUGUCCGAAUCACAAAUCCUCCCUUCUCGGCCUCGCCCAGCUUCCUCUCUUGCGUCUGCAUCUCCACAAAACACACCCAUCCUAGAUCGUAAGAUCCAAGCCCGGGCAAAAGCAGAAAUGGAGUCUUCGGCCGCUCCAAGUACCCUCAAAGACGAUCAGGAAGCGGUGAAGAAUGCAUCCCGGGCUCCCGUGGCUUUACCCAAUGCUCUCGCCGAGAUCUUUCACUUCGACGAGCCCGAAGAUGUUGUAGCCGAGUACGCAUGCUGGUAUCUUCAGAGUGCCCUGCUCCAGGGCUACAUGUACAUUACCCAGAAGCACGUAUGUUUCUACGCCUAUCUCCAGAAGAAAGGCAAUGUCAUCAAAUCUGGACAUCUCGGCAAGCAAGGCAGACGCAACCCGCACUUCCGCCGAUAUUGGUUCACUUUGAAGGGCGACAUCCUCUCGUAUUUCAGCAAUGCAUCAGACCUUUAUUUCCCCAGAGGAUCUAUUGAUCUGCGAUACGCCAUCGCGGCGGAACUCUCAGUCGCCGAGUCAGGCCUGGAAGACGAUGCCGCAACGCCAUUCACCAUCACCACCGAAAAGCGUUCCCACCACUUCCGAGCGGACACCGCCACCGCUGCAAAAGAAUGGGUCAGGCAGCUACAAAGAGUAAUCUUUCGCUCACACAAUGAUGGCGACAGUGUCAAGAUUGCCAUACCGCUCGAGAACAUUGUGGAUGUUGAGCCGACUUCCACCAUCGAACAGGCAGGUACCGUGAAGUUACGCGUGGUCGAUGGCGACGAGACUUAUGCGGUCGACGAGUACUUCUUCACCUUCUUCAAUCACGGAAAAGACGCAUUGAGUGUCUUGACAAUCAUGACGCAAGGCAAUCACCAAAAGCACCUUUCAGAUGAGGCCCCCGUAUCUUCGUCCAAGAGCACAUCAGUUGCCCAAAACACGUUGAGCAACCCUUUGGCAACCAGACCUCCACACCAAGAGCGUGAGUCAACGAAGUCCAAUCGUAAAUCAGCGGGCUUCAGUCCUCGCAAGCGUGCAGACAGUACCGCUAGUCAAUCAAGCCAAAGAUCUCAAUCACCGUCGGCAAAAGAAUCUUCGGAAUCGCUUGCGAGUGAGGAUAUUUCCGAGCUUGCAGGUGACGAGCAUGACGCCGGAAUGGACAUGACGGCGAGUCAGAUUUUGACAGCCCCCACGCUUCGUACGAGUCACUCCAAGCAUUCGGUGCAGCGGUCUGCAAUCGAUCGGCUUCGCCGCGAGGCUCAAAGCACAAGUAGCCCCAAGUCGGCGGCUGAUCUCUCUCGGGACGAACGGCCAUCGCACGGCAGAGAUGAGAGGGCGCCGACUCUUCCCCUCCAUGAUUCUGCUAUGCUCCCCCGGCAAUCCACCUCUGCCAGCAAGCAGCCACAAUCUCUGCCCGCCUUAUUCGACGCCACAUCCCAAGUCGUUGCUGCUCCGUUGCAACACGCCUACUAUAUAGCCGGCGCUGUGCGAGAUCAAGGAAAGCGGAUGGGAUCAUACCUCAGCAGCAGUCCGAAGACGUACUACGACAAGUUCUCGGGGGCCAUUGCUGGCGGCAAACGUCACUAUUCCGAGGCCGACGGGCUAGCAACCGAUGACCGCACGGCUGACCCAGAGCAAGACCUGGACACCGCUGAGCACGAGCGCCGAUUCCAAGAGCAUUUUGCCCUGCCGAGUACGGAGCGCCUCCGCGCCAUCUUCUACUGCUGGUUACACAGAGUUUUGCCAUUGUACGGGAAGAUAUAUGUUAGCGAUCGCAGACUGUGCUUUCGAAGUCUUCUUUACGGUACUCGAACGAAGCUCGUUGUGCCGUUCAGCGAUGUUGACAACGUCACCAAGGAGAGGGGAUUCAGAUGGGGCUACCCGGGUAUGGUGCUUGUCGUCAAAGGGCGCGAGGAGCUGUUCUUCGACUUUGGCUCGCGAGGCGUGCGCGACGAUUGUACCGUGACACUCUUAAGAGGUCUAGAUGUGGCGAGAGCGACUCUAGAAUCUCCCCACAUCUUGACUGAGGAAGAGAAACUGGACGCGGAGGAGGCUGCGGCGGAACACGAGCUUCUGCAAGACGCUCGCUCUGAGAAAACCAAAGGAGAUGGCUUGGCCAGGUCUGAAGCAAUCACCAAUCGGACGGAAGGGGAUGCUUCGAUACUUUUCGAUGAUCCAAACGCUUCCAUACUCGACUUUCGCCCCAAACAGCCGAUGCGAAUCACCUGCCUGACCAUCGGGUCAAGGGGCGAUGUGCAGCCGUAUAUUGCUCUUUGCAAAGGCCUUGCGGCACAAGGGCAUCACGUGAAGAUCGCAACGCAUGUGACAUUCCAACCCUGGAUUGAAGAGUACGGCAUUGAGUUUGCUCCCGUCGAUGGCGAUCCGGGCGAGCUGAUGCGCCUGUGCGUGGAGCUGGGCAUGUUCACGCCCGCCUUCAUCUACGAGACCGGCUCCUUCGCGCGAACCUGGCUGCAGAGGCUGCUCGGAACGGCGUGGCUGGCAUGUCAAAACUCCGAUCUCCUGAUCGAGAGUCCAUCAGCCAUGUGUGGUAUCCACAUCGCCGAGGCGCUCGGCAUCCCCUACUUCCGCGCGUUUACCAUGCCGUGGACGAGGACGCGCGCGUACCCGCAUGCGUUUGCCACGCCGAAUCAGAAGAUGGGCGGCCGGUACAAUUACAUGACGUACGUGCUGUUUGAGAAGAUCUUCUGGCAGAUGACGGCGGGCCAGAUCAAUCGCUGGCGGAGGAAGGAGCUGGGCCUGGGCCCGACCGAUCUCGGCAAGAUGCAGCUUAACAAGGUGCCUUUCUUGUACAACUUCUCGCCCAGCGUGGUCGUGCCGCCGCUGGAUUUCAGCGAUUGGAUCCGCGUCACUGGCUAUUGGUUCCUGGAUGAAGGAGAUACAUACACGCCGGAGCCUGAACUGAUCGAGUUCAUCCGUAAGGCGAAGGAGGACAAGGUCAAAUUGGUGUACAUUGGCUUCGGCUCGAUCCCCAUGGCCGACUCCGCGGGCAUGACGAAGCAGAUUAUCGAGGCAGUGCGCAAAGCCGACGUGCGAUGCAUCUUUUCCAAGGGCUGGUCCGACAUCUUCGACGGUGCUGAUUCCGACUCCUCUGCUGCUCCGGCUGCUGCUGCUCCGGUUCUCCCGCCUGAAAUCUACCAUAUCCGCGCCGCCCCGCACGACUGGCUCUUCAAGCAAAUCGACUGUGCCGUGCAUCACGGCGGCGCAGGAACGACUGGCGCGAGUCUACGAGCCGGCGUGCCGACCGUCAUCAAGCCGUUUUUCGGCGACCAAUUCUUCUUUGCGUCACGCGUCGAGGAUCUCGGUGUCGGCUUGCACGUUAAGAAAAUCACGCCGCUCACGCUGGGGAAAGCUAUCUGGUUGGCGUCGCAUGAUGAGCGCAUGCGCGGCAAAGCGCGUCGGCUGGGCGAGAAGAUUCGGCGGGAAGAUGGCGUUGGGACUGCGAUUAAUGCCAUCUAUCGUGAUCUUGAGUAUGCCCGGAGUUUGAUCAAGAAGCCUUCGGCCCAGGACGACAACCCUGCGGUCUUGGAGGGCGAGGGAGAAGAGGAGGAUGCGGAGGAAAGCUGGACAUUCGUUGACAACCAGAGCGAUGUGGAUGUCACGGAGUCACGUCGAGUCCGCAGCUCGGAGCAGGGAUAUGGUAGACUGGCUACUGGUUUGAGCUACAGGUUGCUUUCCGGCCGGCGUUGACGGAUUCGAUACGAUCGAUUUUAGCGCGGCGCUGCUUGUGUUUUGGGGCGUGUCUAUGAGGUUCAUGAUUAUUGGAAU